AUGAAAGAAGUGAUCCAAAAAGAGGUAAUGAAGCUUUGGGAAGUCGAGAUAAUUUACCCAAUUUCUGACAGUCUUUGGGAAGUGGUUCCGAAGAAAGGAAGGAUGAUAGUGAUCAAGAAUGAGAAGAAUGAGCUUAUUCCCACAAGGACCGUCACAGGGCGGCCCAUGUGCAUUGAUUACAGGAGGCUCAACAAUGCUACAAGAAAUGAUCACUUCCUUUUACCUUUCAUUGAUCAGAUGCUUGAAAGGUUAGCCGGCCAUACUUUUUAUUGCUUCCUAGAUGGAUACUUUGGCUAUAAUCAUAUUGCUGUAGACCUUUAA